CUCUCACACUCUCUCUCUCUCUCUCUCUUACCCUCUCUCUCUCUCUCCUUCCUUCCUUCCUCCCAUCAGCUUGCCACCUCUCACUUUUGCAGCCUCUUCUCCCUGCUUCCCUAACCCAGAGCUCCCCCUCCUCCCCCUUGUCCCCUAUACCUUACCCCUAUAAAAUUGGGGUUGCUGAUAAGCUCCCCUACAUCCUAGCAAUCCCUGAGCAUCCUUUAUCUUUGCAGACUGAGCAGGCUCUGCCCUGCCACAUAAUAGCAAAAAAAAAAAAAAACCCCAUUCUGUGUAGCUUGACACCCCACUAUGUCUCCUGGAUCCCUCCAAUAAAAAAGGGGGGUCACAUCGCUUGACCACAUCUGGAUCCAAAGCCUGAAGACUCGAGGAACCUUUCUCUAGACAUUGAUCCAGACUCUUGGUGGGGGAGCCUUUCGAUAUUUUUUAAACAAAUAUUGAAAAAAAAAAAAAAUAUUUUUGGAAGGGUUCUUCCUCUGGAUUAAUAAUAUUAUUAUUAUUUUUUUUUUUUUUUUGCAAUAUUUUUUUUUAAACCAAAGAAGAGAGGAAUUGUCUAUCCUACAGACAUUGCAACCUGCAGAAGCUGGGGGUGCUCUGGGUGUAGCUGGUGACCAUGCACUCACUGGACGAGCCCCUGGAUCUGAAGCUCAGUAUAUCUAAGCUGCGGGCAGCACGAGAGAAGCGAGAUCGGAGUGGAGGAAGCCCCAGGAAACGCACUGUGCACCAUGAGCUGAUGAUACGUGAUGAUGGAACAACUGUUAUUACUCCCAUCUGCUCCUCACCCCCACCAGGGUACCUGUCUCGUUUUCGGGAUGGGGACAGCUCCCCUUUUUCUUCUCCUCCAGUGGUAGACCUUAGCCUCUCCCCACCUUCUGAGAUGGACUCCCCCAGCCGUGCAUCCUUGUCCCCAGAGAGGAUGAUGGGAGGGGAUAACAUACUGGACUUGCCAUCAUUGCGCUGCAGGGGAGACGCAACUCCCAGUCCCUUCCAGUUCUUUCUGCCCCUUAGCUCCGGAUUCCAGCUACCCCCAUCGGUGUUCCUUACUCCCCCCAAGGAGAAGAGGCUGUCCCUUGAAUUCACAGAACAGAAACAACUGGUGUGUCAGUGGGCAAAGUGCAAUCGCCUGUUUGAACUUCUGCAAGAAUUAGUGGAUCAUGUUAAUGAUUUCCACGUGAAGCCAGAAAAGGAUGCCGGAUACUGCUGCCACUGGGAGGGCUGUGCCCGUCGUGGGAGAGGAUUCAAUGCCAGGUACAAGAUGCUGAUUCAUAUUAGAACACACACGAACGAGAGGCCUCACUGCUGCCCCACCUGCCAUAAGAGCUUCUCUCGGCUGGAGAACCUGAAGAUACACAACCGCUCACACACAGGAGAAAAACCCUACAUGUGCCCCUAUGAGGGCUGCAACAAGCGCUACUCCAACUCCAGUGACCGCUUCAAGCAUACCCGCACACACUACGUGGAUAAGCCCUACUACUGCAAGAUGCCUGGAUGCCAGAAACGCUACACAGACCCAAGCUCCCUGCGGAAGCACAUCAAGGCUCACGGUCACUUCAUCUCACACCAACAGCGCCAGUUACUGAAAAUCCAUCAGCCACCCAAAAUGCCAACUAUGGGGGACAGCAGCUAUGCAAGUGGUACCCAACUCAUCAUUCCCAACCCGGCGGCUAUCUUUGGAGGCCAGACACUGCCAAUCCCACUGACGCCAGGACCUAUAGACCUCAGCUCCCUGGCUUGUAGCGGGGUCGCCUCAGCACUGGCAGGGUUAACAAAUCCCAUGUUGACACUGGCAGGGGCACCUCUGAACCUGGCUAAAGGCUCACUGCUGUCUCAAGCUUACUCGGCUGCUGGUCUCGGCCUACCUUUGGUCUCAUUGAUAACAUCGGGAAAAUCGGAAAGUGAGAAGAGGAAUAAAGGCCAAAAUUCAGAGGGUGUUGAGAGGACUGAAGGGUCAAAGUUGAGGCUUAAUUCAGCAGAUGGCCUCUCCCUCCUGCCUGGUGGAGUUUUAGAUCUUUCUCCUGGUGUGGGCUCAGAUUCUCUACUGCCAGGAUGGGUGGUCAUCCCUCCCGGUUCUGUGUUACUGAAACCCGCAGUGGUCAACUAAGGCUGCUGCAACUUGACACCUGUGCCCACUCAGCCUAGUCACAUGACUUGCCCUGGGUUCUGCCCUGGUUACAUUCCCAACCAUGUGAUUCCCGCAGACCUCUUACACAAGUAACACUUUACAGAAUGUGCUCCUUCAGCCUUGUGACCAGAAGGUGGCUCUGUGCUGAGGGUGUGACUGGAUUUAUAUUUUGCGUUACCUGCAGAAUCGCUUUUCCCUUUUAUAAGUGGGACCAAAACUGGCGGGUGGAAUGCCAAAUGCAAAUGUGAUUAUACCGUAAAGACACUUUCCAAGGACUUUGCUUUAAAGGAAUGUGAUGAAGGAGAGACAUUUAGAGGACUGAGGAGGAGAAAGAAGCACUUUGUGAGGUUCAGGGGGUCUUUGGAGGCCAGGUGAUGUUACUUUGUCAUCUGCAGACUUUUGUUUCUCAGAAAUUACGAGAGAAGGUGCUAUGCCUUCUGAGAAAAGCAAUAAUUUGGGAGAUGCUCCGAUCGAGCUGACUCUGAAAUGACAAGAGGGAGCGGAGCGUGGAUGGUCUGGGGGACUUGCGAUCUCUUAUCCACUCUCCAAUUCUCUGCCGCGCUCAAUUCAACUGAAAUAGAGCAACCUGUUUAUCUUGUAACAUUAUAGAAUUCAUGUAGGCCAUUCCAAAAAAUGUGCUUUUCUCAGGUCUUUAUUGUCCCAUGCUAUCGUGUUUCAGGUCAGCUGUGUGGGCCAUCUCUUAGCGAUGUACAUAUGGAUGUUUUAACCAGAACUCACAGGCACCUGAGCUCAUAUGUUGGGUGCAGGGUCCAAACAUGUAUUCCAGAGAUACAGAUGACUUCACUUAAUUGAUGAGUAUAGACUUGUGUUCCCUACUGUUAUCUCAUCUUGAAGAUGUGAUUAUAAUUGUUUUCUCUCCACGUUUUGGCCAAAGUGAAAGGUUCUUUCAUUAGCCUCUCCAUUCAGGAUGAGCUCCAGCGUGUUCGCAUAGUACAUGU